AUGGAGUAAGUCGAUUACUAAGAACUUUUAAAACGAUUUCAAUAUUCUUACACUAAGCCAAAUGCUUAAUUAAGACAUUAUUUGCAAUCUUUGACUCCUCAUUAAUAUUCUCAUUUAUUCUAAAACAUUGAAAACUUAAAUUAUGAUUCUCAUAAAAUAAAAAGAUUGCUUAGAUACCUCAAAAAACCAUAUUUGAUACCACAAUAUUUUCAUCUUAAAUUAAAACAUAAAUUGAAAAUUCAUGAAAAUGUUCCUGAAGGUGUUGUUGAUUUCAAUCAGAAGAAUUAAUUAAUUUUUGCAUCACAAAAAUAAGGAUAACUAUCAUUUGAUAAAUUAAAAGAAGAACUCUUUGUUGAUUUUAAAAUCAGAAAGAUUGGUAUAAGAUUUUAAUUCUAUUCAAGAUUCAUUUACUUUUAAGUAUCAAUUUUAUCAUGCCUUGUAAGAUAAUCUAACAAAUCAAUGUAUUGAAUAAUGUCUUCGUCUUCUUAAAAGAUCAAAAUAAAAUAUGGAUACUUUAUAAAUUGUACUCACUGAAUUAACUCAUACAUAAGAUGAUACACUUACUCCAGUUAUUAUUCUCUUUUUUAACAUUUUUUUAUGUUCUAUUUUUUAUCAUUUAAUUAUAUAAUUUAUGUUCUAUUUCGUAUCAAUUAAUUUUAUAAUUUAUAUUAUUUUUCUGAUCAAUUAAUUUUAUAAUUUAAGUACUAUUUCUGAUCAAUUUAUUUUAUAAUUUAUAUUAUUUUUCUGA